AUGAAGGUGCAUUUAUUUGGUGCCGCAAGUUCCCCUGGUUGCGCCAAUUUCGGCCUAAGGAGAGCAGCAGAUGAUGGUGAAGAGGAGUUCGGAUCUGAGGCAGCAACACUCAUUCGAGAAGACUUCUAUGUAGACGACUGCCUCAAGUCGACCCCUACAGCACAAGAUGCCGUGAAGCUGAUUAAGUCAUGCCAAGCAGUAUGCGCCAAAGCAGGCGUGCGCUUGCACAAGAUCACUAGCAACAAUAAGGAAGUUCUACAGGCUGUUCCUGCGGAAGAUCGUACAAAGAACACUAGAGAAAUCGACUUGAAGGUCGACCCUUUACCUAUCRAACGAGCUUUGGGUGUAGUGUGGUGYGUGGAAGAUGAUACCUUCCAAUUCCGCAUUGAACUAAAAGAUAGGCCAUUUACGCGUCGCGGUGUGUUGUCAACUGUGUGUUCGAUCUACGAUCCAAUCCGGUUAUCCGGUUAUCCUAGAAGGAAAGAAGAUUCUUCAACAGAUGUGCAGGGAUAG